AUGGAUAAAAGGAAUGUGACCAGAAUUACAAAGAUUCACCUCUUAGGAUUUCAUAUUCCUCAAAGUAUGACAUUUUUAGUGUUUUUUCUUUUCCUUUUGCUUUAUUGUGUAACAAUGUGUGGAAACCUCCUGAUCAUCACACUGGUGUCCUACAGCAGAACCCUUCAUUCCCCCAUGUACUUCUUCCUCUCCCAGCUCUCUUUAUUAGAUAUCUUGCUGGUGACUGAUAUUCUUCCUAACAUUAUCAGCACUGUGUUGAUGAAAAAGACUAUCAUGUCCUUUUCUGGUUGCCUCACUCAACUUUAUUUCUUUGUCAUCACAGAAUCUUCAGAAUGUCUUCUUCUGACAGUGAUGAGUUGGGACAGAUAUUUGGCCAUCUGUAAACCAUUACAUUAUGCUUUGAAAAUGAAUUACCAGGUUUGUUGGAUACUGGUUAUCCUAUGCUGGAUCCUAAGUGUGUGUAUAGCUUUGGUUUACAAUGUAACCAUAUCAACAUUACAAUUUUGUGGUCCCAAUAUUAUUGAUCACUUUUUCUGUGACUUUUAUCCAAUCCUCCAACUGUCCUGCUCAGACACCACUGCUGCUCAAUUUGAAGGGACAAUUUUGGGGAUUAUAUUUGUUGUCAUACCAUUCUUUAUUAUUAUUGUAUCAUAUGCUUAUAUUAUAUCUAGAAGACAGAAGGUGUUCUCAACAUGCAGCUCCCACCUGACUGUGGUCUGCAUCUAUUAUGGUACCCUGGUUUGUGUAUAUUUGAUACCUAGACAGACAAGAAUAAUUACAAAACUCUUAUCAUUACUGUACACUGUAUUCACACCAAUGAUAAACCCGCUUAUAUACAGUCUGAGGAAUCAAGAACUAAAAAACGCUUUUGGCAAAAUCAUCCACAACUUUUUGAACACGCAUUUCAGUAAAGGGUAA